AUGAGCAUUGCAUAUCGCACGAGAUUCAAAAUUAAGCAAGAAGCAAAAUCAAAGGAAGAAGAAGAAGCAAUAACUCGGUGGCUAAAUCUUCCUGAAGAAGUAUCUGAUGAAAUCUUUCUGAAAUUACCAGGUAAUUCCAUCUUGUCAUCAAGGUGUGCCUGUAAGCUUUUCAACACUCGUCUUUCUAAGCGUAUCUUCAUCAAGAAUCAUGUUAAUCUUUGGAUUCAGACCAAGAACAGCCCUAAACUCUUGUUUAGUCAAUCCAUUCGAGAUAAUCCCCCUAUGAUUUACUCUAUACCUAUAGAUUUUCCUUCAAUUUCAUCACAAUUAUCAUCUUUAUCAAGUGUUGUAUGUGAUGGAGCAGUUCUGAUGAAUUACCCUUUUCUAUCUAACAAAACACAUUAUCACCAAUACUUGGGUUCAUGUAAUGGCUUAAUCUGCUUAAAGAUUGAUAGAGUUGAUUAUGAGAGGGAACAUUUGUGCACUAAUUAUUUUAGUGUUUUGAAUCCAUUCACAAGACAAUUUAAGGAAUUCAGAAUGCAAACAGUGAGUACAUUUUGUUACGGCAUAGCCUAUGGAUUUGGUUAUGAUAGCGAAAUUGAUGAUUACAAACUAGUAGCAAUAUCGGAUAAUGAUGAACCAACUGGUUGCUCCAGUAUUGAAGUUUAUGCUGUGAGAUCAAAUUCAUGGAGUAGAAUUCAGUGCACCGUCAAAUACUCAUUUUAUGUUGGUAAAAGAUCUCGUGGUGUGUUUUUGAAUGGUGGUCUUCAUUGGUUGGGAUGGAUCGGCACUCGCAAUAAAUCGUCCGAAGCUAUAUUUUGUUUUGAUAUUAGCAAUGAGAUAGUGGUGGUUAUCCCAUUACCUGAAAAUAUUAUCCCCCCUGUGGAUUUCUUGGGACAAGUUUAUAAAAAUCUGGGAGUGUGGGGAGACAGCAUUUGUGUAGCUUUUGUUUAUGAUCGUCUUAGACUUGAUGUGUGGGUGAUGCUGAAGUAUGGAUUAAAAGAAUCCUGGACAAAACUAUUUACUACAACCCGGCUACCGCGCUCAAACCGAAUGCCAUUUUGGAAGCCGCUGUUGUGUUUUAAUAACGGGAAAAUUCUCGUAGAUUAUGGUUUGGAGCAACUAGUUUUACUUGAUACAACAAGUGAAGCACUUAAAUCAGUGGUGGUCCGUGAUAUCACUAUGGGCGAUAAUCGAGAGAUUUAUGUGGAGACCAUAGCCUCACUUGGCUCGAGUACUUAUCUGGAAAGGCGGAAUACUAAUGGGACCGUGAAGAAUCGCAAACGCCGACUAUUGAGACAUGUGAUUAAUAAUCCUAACCAAGUACCAGAGCUUAGUGGUUCUGCUCUGGUGGAACUUGCUUUGCAAACACUUGCUUGUUUCAAUUUUAAGGCAGUUCAGUCAUUUAUGGAUGCUUAUCUUUUGAUGUCAUUAAAGCAUCUGUUGCCUGUUUGUGUUUGA